CUAGCCCGUGUGCAUCGAUCUAUGCCGAGUAUAUUUAUAUAUAUAUAUCUCUUCUACCUGUGGAGAACCGUAUCCCACAUGCUCACCCUCUUCUUCUUCCUCUUCUCCGAGCAUUGUUAUCGUUCGGUCCCGCGCAAAAAUGAAGAGUCGGCAACGGCUUGCUCUCCUCACCGCAUUCUCUUCUCUCCUUCCUAUUGUUGCUAUUGUCCACGCACAGCUAUUCCCCAUAGUGAACGAACCCAACGCCGACUCCAACGUGCUCCAAACGUACAUCGUCAACGUGGACAAGCCACUCGGCGCCGACUCCUUUGGCGCCCACGAAUUACGCAGCUACCACGAGUCGUUUCUGCCGACGCCGACUUUGGAUUCGGGCGCGCCCCGUCUCAUCUACUCCUACCGUGACGUCAUGAGCGGGUUCGCGGCGCGGCUGACGCCGGCCGAGGUCGCCGACAUGGAGUCGAAGCCCGGGUUCGUCCACGCGCGCGUGGACCAGGUCCACCCGCUCCUCACCACGUACACCCCCGAGUUCAUGGGCCUCACCCAACAGAACAGCGCCGCGUGGGCGAGCGCGGGCUUCGGGCAGGGCGUCGUGAUCGGGAUCCUGGACACGGGGAUCCACCCGACGCACCCCUCGUUCGACCCCGCCGGGAUGCCGCCGCCCCCGCCCAACUGGCGAGGAAACUGCUCCUUGGCGAGCGGGGUCUGGUGCAACAACAAGAUCAUCGCCGCGCGCGGGUUCAACAAUUCCGUGGACGCCACGGCGCUCGACACCGACGGGCACGGCACCCACGUUGCCAGCACCGCCGCCGGGAACUCCCUCGACAACGCCAACGUCCUCGGACGCGCCUUCGGCACCGCCACGGGGAUGGCGCCGCGGGCGCACCUCGCCAUCUACAAGGUGUGCUUUGAAAACGGCUGCGCCACCAGCAACACCCUCGCCGCGAUUGACCAGGCAAUAUACGACGGUGUUGACAUCAUCUCCAUGUCCAUUGGCGGCAAUGCGACGUAUAGGUAUUACUAUGACGGCAUAGCCCAGGGGUCGCUGGCAGCUUUGUCGCAUGGGAUUAUCGCUGUCGCCGCUGCUGGGAACGAAGGACCGGCUGAGAACACUUUGGCACAUGACGCGCCAUGGGUCCUGACUGUCGGGGCAGCAUCUACCGAUCGGAGGUGUAGAGCGAUUGUGAAGCUGGGGAACGGAGAGGAGCUAGAGGGCGAGACAGCAUACCAGCCGAGCUCAUUCAACCAGUCGAGAGUGCUGCCGAUCGUGUACCCGGGGGCGAUCGCCGGCUACGAUGCAAUGUUAUGCUUGAAGGGGUCGCUGGACUACAUUGAUGUACGGCAGAAGAUAGUGCUGUGCCACCUUGGCAACAAUACCAACGUCGAGAAAGGCGAGGUAGUGUACGCGGCCGGCGGGGCGGCGAUGGUUCUGCUGAACCCGCAGUAUCUGGGUUUCACGACAUUUGCGGACGCGCACGUUCUUCCGGCGGUGUACUUGACCCACUACGGUAGGCUACAACUUACCUCCUAUUACUACUCGCUGCUAAAUUCUUCAGGCGUUAGUGCUGCCAAUGCGUCGAUCGUCUUCCACAAGACGACGUACGGCAACCGGCCAUCGCCGGCGGUGGUCGCCUUCUCCUCCCGUGGGCCGCCACCCUCGAACGGUGGGAUUUUAAAGCCCGACGUACUCGCCCCUGGUUCGAACAUCCUCGCGGCAUGGCCGUUCGCAGUCGGACCCAAUCCCUCCGGGCUUACCGUAUGGACAUUCAAUUUCGAGAGCGGCACGUCGAUGGCGACCCCUCACGUGGCCGGCAUUACCGCGCUGAUCAAGAAAAAACACCCAACGUGGCCGCCAGCUUACGUAAACUCGGCAGUUAUAACAUCGGCAAAGGACGUCGACCUCAACGGGAAUCCGAUCGCCGACGAGAAAUUGAACCGCACAGCAAGCAUAUUCGCAACUGGCGCCGGACACGUCGACCCCGUGAGGGCUAUGGAUCCCGGGCUCGUGUACGACAUCCAGCCCGACGACUAUGUCGGCUAUUUAUGCGGGCUUGGGUACGCCGACUGGGAACUGCAAAUGCUGUACAACAGGCCGGUGACGUGCUCGGCCGUGAAUUGGAUACCUGCGUCGGCGAUGAACUACCCGUCGAUACAGGUGUCGCUGCCGAGGAGGGUGAGGUCCACGGUGACGGUGAGCCGCACGGUGACGAACGUCGGGGAUCCGAGGUCGGUGUACACGGCGCGGAUCACGGCGCCGCAGCUGAUGAGGGUUGACUUGUCAACACACCAGCUACGCUUUUCGAGGCUGUACGAGGAGGCGAGCUUCGACGUUACUCUAACGGUGAUCAGCCCUCCCUCGGGCUUCGUGCCGCCCAAGUACGCGGCGGGGAAGAUCGAGUGGGUCUCCGGGAAUCGUGUGGUCAAGACCCCCAUUGCGGUUAAGUUCGUUUGAUGGGGUAAUGUACGUCUAUGCAUGCAUACAUACGUACAUACAGCGCAUUUAAUUCCAAUUAUAUAAUACGAGACAGGAUAUUUUAUAUAUCAUGUAAGAUUAUCCGAUACCAAUAAUAGGAGAUAUUUAUCUCAACUUUUGAAA